AUGUCCUUCAACCUCCCCCGGUCCCUGUCCCGGACCGCCUGGCGGUCUUACGGGACUGUUCAAGGCUCUCCCAGUGCUGCUUCGAUCGCCAGUCGGGUCCCCAGUGUGUUGGUGGAGGCUACAUCCGCAACCGCUCCCCGCACCAACUGGACCCCCGAGGAAGUCAGCGCCGUCUACCACACCCCCUUGAACCAACUCACAUAUGCUUCGGCUGCUGUACACCGACGCUUCCAUGACCCCUCGGCCAUCCAAAUGUGCACCCUCAUGAACAUUAAAACCGGAGGUUGCAGCGAAGACUGCUCCUACUGUGCCCAGUCCUCCCGCUACCAGACCGGCCUCAAGGCAACCAAGAUGAGCCCCGUCGACGAAGUUCUCGAGAAAGCCCGCAUCGCCAAGGCCAACGGCAGCACACGUUUCUGCAUGGGCGCCGCAUGGCGCGACAUGCGCGGUCGCAAGACAAGUCUGAAGAACGUCAAGCAAAUGGUCUCGGGUAUCCGCGAGAUGGACAUGGAGGUUUGCGUGACACUCGGCAUGAUCGACGAGAACCAGGCCAAGGAGUUGAAGGAGGCUGGUCUGACCGCUUAUAACCACAAUCUCGAUACAUCCCGCGAGUUCUACCCGAGCAUUAUCACGACUCGCUCGUACGACGAGCGUCUUCGCACGUUAGCGAAUGUCCGUGAUGCAGGUAUCAAUGUUUGCUCCGGUGGUAUCCUGGGACUGGGUGAGACGGACGCCGACCGUGUUAGUCUCCUGCACACCGUUUCAAACCUGCCCUCGCACCCAGAGUCCUUCCCCGUCAAUGCUCUCGUUCCGAUCAAGGGUACACCCCUCGGCGACCGUAAGAUGAUCCCCUUCGACCGUGUGCUCCGCACUAUCGCCACAGCUCGUAUCGUUAUGCCGGCGACUAUCGUCCGUCUGGCCGCCGGUCGCAUUGCCAUGUCUGAGGAGCAGCAGGUGGCCUGCUUCCAGGCCGGUGCUAAUGCUGUCUUCACUGGUGAGAAGAUGUUGACCACGGACUGCAAUGGGUGGGACGAGGAUCGGGUGAUGUUUGAGAAGUGGGGAUACUACCCCAUGAAGAGCUUUGAGAAGCUUGGACUCAAGGAGACGUCGGCUCCUGCCCCGCCUGCGUCUCAACCCGAGACUGCUGCGCCGGUCGCAGCGUGA